GCGCGUAUUUAGCUGGAGGCCUUUUCCCCACUCAAUAGCAAACAAACGAUCGACCGGAACGCAGUUGCUGUAAGGUAUUCAAAAUGAAGGGAUCGACGCUGGACAAAAUCUCCGCCUUCCUGGGCGAGCUCAUCGGCACGGGAAUUCUGGUCUUCCUGGGCUGCAUGGGCUGUGUGUCUACGUUUCCGAACAGCCAUCUGCAGAUUGUCCUGAACUUUGGAUUUGCUGUCCUCGUGGCCAUCCAGUGCUUUGGCUGCGUAUCCGGAGCGCAUUUGAAUCCCGCCGUGACGGUAGCUGCCUAUAUCUAUGAUAUGGUCUCCUUAUCCAUGGCCUUUGCCUACUUUGCCGCCCAGAUGCUGGGUGCCUUCAUAGGAUAUGGCCUGCUGAUGGUCCUGCUGCCGAAAUCAGCCCUCGAGGGCAGCGAGGGCAACGGCCUCUGCGUGACCCUGCCCCACUCUUCCGUGCUCCCGGGACAGGCCUUCGGCAUCGAGUUCGUCAUCACCUCCAUCCUGAUCAUCGUCUGCUGCGGCGUCUGGGAUCCGCGCAACUCCAAGUUCCACGACUCGGUGGGCAUCCGCUUCGGUUUGGCCAUUGCCUGUCUUGCCUGUGCUGCCGGUCCCUUCACCGGUGCCAGCAUGAAUCCUGCCAGGUCCUUCGCUCCCGCCCUGUGGAACACCAACUUCCAGUCCAACUGGAUCUACUGGCUGGCUCCCCUGAGCGCCUCCGCCAUCACCGCCUACGCCUACAAGGUCGUCUUCCGCAGGGAGGUCGUGGAGGCCGAGAUUACCUCCAACGAGAAGCUGCGCCACCUGGAGGAUGUCCAGCUGUCGUAGGUGCCAAAGUGCCAAAGACAUUGCUGUAGUGAAAAAGCCUUAACUAAUUUACUUGUAAUCUAAGACGCCGAAUUUUAUAAUAAUGCAUUCAUUGUACGCUAAUAUUAAUAGUGUUCUCACAAAGUGCUCGAACGUUUCAAAAGCUUUCAAAUGUACAUUCACACUUUUCGAAACAAUUACUCACUUGGUGAAUACACUAGUUGCCUUCAGUAAUAAAGAACAUCGAGAUUUUAAAUCUAUUCUAAACCAA